UAUCCGAUUCUACCCUCCCUCUCUAUCACUCUAUCACUGGAGCAGGAACCCCGACGACCGCAUCUGGAGGCACGAUUUCGGUUGCCAGAGAGCGGCAGGAAAACGACGCAACGCGGCUGGAGUAUUCUUCGAUCAGACGCUGCACGAUGACUUCGAAGAGGCAGACCACCGGAAAAUAACCAUGGAUGGCGAACCCAAGCCGAUGAUGGAGCUGCGUGGGACAAUGGCCGUGAGGGGUUGCGGUCGGAGGAGCAAAAGAGGCGGAAAUAGGGAAGCCAAACCCGCCUCUUUUGAUAAGAACCCGCCUUUUUUUAUUACAUCCCAAUAUGUAUAUUGGUAACUCGAGUCACCAUAAUCAUAAGGCCAUUGCUUCCAGAAUGACACAAAUAAUCACCCACUUCUUUGUUCAUACAUCAAUACUUGUUCUAAUUCUCCAAAGCAUUGUUUGUUUGAGUUUACAGAAUGACACAAUUUCAGCCGGAUUGAGUUUACAAAACGACACAAUGGCAGCCGGUGUGAUCAUAAGAGAUCCAGAAACCAUGGUAUCAGCAAAGCAGCAGUACAAAUUUCAUCUGGAGGAGGGAGGGACGGCCGGCCGCAGUGGCGCAGUGGCCCCUGGAACGGGCUGAUCUUCAUCGGGAUACAGUCGUCCUAUUUGUCGUUCCUAGACGGAUUCGUUGAUGUGACUAAUGACAGCGCGGGGACGUUCUACUACACCAUGCCGCAGUGGAAGAUCGUCAACAGAGUGACUCUCAACUCGUCCGGGAGCUUGGUGGAGACGAUGUGGGAUUUCAAGAACGAGACGUGGUGGGCGGCGCCUGAGAACGAAUGCAAUAUUUAUGGGACGUGUGGGCCGUUCGGGAACUGCAACGUCAAGGAUUCUCCUGUGUGUUGUUGUGUUGAAGGGUUUGAGCCCGCGAGCAGGGAGGAGUGGGCGAGAGGGAACUAGAGCAGCGGGUGCAGGAGGAGGAAGCUCGAGUGUGGUGGCGGAGAUGGAUUUUUUAGGAUGCAGUUUGUGAAGGUUCCGGUCCGGAUUUGGCUCAACAUUUUUAUUCUGAAAGAAUAGAUGAGUGUAGGAGGAGUUGUUUGGGGAACUGUUCUUGCAUAGCUUACGCUCAUGACUCAGAACAUCAGUUGUAUGUUUUGGCGCGACGCGUUGGUUGAUGUUCAGAGGUUCAAAGGUGUCGGCAUCGAUCUUUACAUUCGUCUCUCUGCUUCAGAAUUAGGUAACCACAGAGAGAAAUGGUUGUUUGUUGUAGUUCCAGUGGUUGGGUGUGUUGUAGUGGCAGUUUCCAUCUUCAUAGCUUGGUACAUGUUGGUGAAGAGAAAAGGGGACAAGAUACAAGACAGAAGUGUUGUUGCAGCAGAGCAUACCCUUUCACCUGAAAUUUCAAGCAUAGAUGCCUCAGUAGGCAAGGUUGAUAUGGGGGAGUUGCCAUUGUUCACCUUUGAGAUUAUUGCAAAUGCAACCAGACAUCACCAAUCUUAUUGGGGGGAGGGGUGGUUUUGGUCAUGUGUACAAGGGAAUUCUCCCAAACGGGCAAGAAAUCACAGUGAAGAGGUUAUCAGUCGAUUCCGGACAAGGAAUGCAGAAUUUACGAGCGAAGUGAUUGUGAUCUCUCAACUCCAGCAUCGGAAUCUUGUGAGAUUACUCGGAGGCUGUGUGGAGAAGCAAGAGAAGAUUCUGAUAUACGAGUACAUGCCGAAUAAAAGCUUGGAUGUGUGCCUGUUUGAUCCCACUAGUCCAACAAAAAAUGUGUUGGAUUGGAGAAGGCGUUUCAGCAUCAUCGAAGGCAUUGGCCGUGGCCUUCUGCAUCUUCAUAAGGACUCUAGAUUCAGAAUAAUCCACCGGGACCUCAACCCGAGCAAUGUACUGCUGGACCAAGAAUGGAACCCAAAGAUAACCGAUUUUGGCAUGGCGAGAAUAUUUGGUGGCAAUCAAGAUACUGCUCGAGUCGUAGGAACAUACGGAUACAUGGCGCCUGAAUACGCAUUGGAAGGCCGAUUUUCUGAGAAAUCCGAUGUUUAUAGCUUUGGCGUGCUUAUGCUUGAGAUAAUAAAAGGAGAAAAGAACACACACUAUUAUUACAAUGAUGACUUGUCUAUGGGAUUAUUAGGAAGUGCAUGGAAAAUGUGGAGUGAAGAUAAUGGUUUGGGUUUUGUGGAUGAAAGCAUGGAAAUUUCAGGGAUGGAGAAAGAGAUUGUUAGGUGUAUUCAAAUAGGCAUGUUGUGUGUUCAAGAAUAUCCUCAAGAAAGGCCUUCCGUUGACACGACCGUGUCGAUGCUAAGCCGGGAAAUAGCUGAGCAAACAGCCAAUAUUUUCCCAGAAACACAGUGCCUUCACCACACAACUUGGCUGUUCUACUACUACUACUACUAAUGACCUCACUGUGACUGAGCUUGACGGUCGUUGAUUGGAACUGUGGUUUUGUUAUUGACUCUUCUAGAUUUCUGUUGUAAAUAUUCAUCCACAAUUUAUGUGUAAUAAAUGGCCCAACUGCUCCAUCCAUUACUACCUUGUACCAAGGCAAUUAAUGAGAAACACAUUUCAUUUUUGUUUGUUUU